UCCUCUACAUAGCACACCACGCAGCGCAUGGCGUCAACGCUGUAGGCAUGCAUCAGGCGCCGAUAGAGAACAUCAAGAAGUUCUCUCACAUAAAAGACAAGAGGAGGAGACUCUUGGCAGCCGUCGUAGACGCCCUGGACGAGAGCGUGGGCACCGUGGUCGAAGCCCUGCACGCCAAGGGCAUGCUGGCCAACACCAUCCUCAUGUACGCGAGUGACAAUGGCGGGCUCUUUGAGGGAUUCAUGUGCAACCGGGGCUCCAACUGGCCCCUGCGCGGCUCUAAGUUUACCGCCUGGGAAGGAGGCGUCCGCCUGCCGGCGCUCGUGUGGUCCCCGCUGCUUCGUCGCACACGGCGCGUCUCCUCGGAGCUGAUGCACGCCGUCGACUGGGCGCCCACUCUCUACCACGCCGCCGGCGGCGACGUUAAAGACCUGGGCGUCAUCGAUGGCCUAGACCAGUGGGAGUCUCUCUCACUAGGCAGCCCAUCGCCGCGCCAUGAGCUGCUCAUCAACCACGACCCGACCAACAGAACCGGCACUGCACUGAGGGUGGGCAGGUACAAGCUGGUCAUCGGCUCGCUCUACAAUGGAACCUUGGAUGCACGCAUAAACACUCGCAGCGCCCAGGACACACCCACCAACAUGGACCUGGACGAGGUGAUGGAGAACUCGGCAGUGGGCAGGACGUUUAGAAAGUUUUACCGCGUGAGUCAACUUCCGGUGCAGCAAAGCUGGAGGAAUGACGCCGCCAUCGACUGCGGAAACGAUUCCACCUCCAACUUCAAGUCAUUUCGAGAGCACUACCUUUUUGACAUCGCCAGCGACCCGUGCGAAUUGAGGGACAUCUCUGCAGAAAAGCCCAAAAUUCUGCAGGAGAUGAUGAAGAGGGUACGACACUACGAGUCAGUUUCUGUGCCGCCCAAGGAUGACCUGCUCGACUACAGAGGCUUUCCGGAACGCAACAACUGCACCUGGUCUCCCUGGGUAGGCAAGAGGAGUAGCCCGUUGACCCGUUGCAGUCACGAGUCCAUCACCGCACUCGCCAGGGCGAUGUCAGAGCGGCCAUAAGUUGCUGCUAGUGGCAUGAAGCGUCUUGUAAACUUAGCAACAAAGUUUCUAAAUAAAGUGAGUUUUCAGUGAU